CGUCCACAAAAGGACUCAAUACUCGAUAGACAAUGAUUCCAAUAGUGAAUUUUAAUGAACAUCAAUCAUAACGUCUUUCUAUUUCCUCUACCCGAAGUUGGGAUUGCAUAGCUAACUAGUCUCGUAUUCGAGUACUGGUAUCUCCUCCAUAACCUAGUUGUUUGAGCUCGCAACUAUCGAUACCCCUGUUAGGGUUGAGGUCUGUAGACUCUGUAAGCUCUCAUGAUCGAUAUCUCGAGCUUUAUUGCCAAUACCUCAAGUUUCCCAUUGUAGUUACCAUAGCUCUUUAAAUUACGCUUAUGGCUGAUACCAUGUACACUUAACACUUCAAAGGCCAUUUCUUGUUGAAACUUACUGUAAAUUGUCAGCUGGAAUCCUAGAAGCACUUGGAGGAAGAAGCAAAAUCCCAUUCCCACGUUAUGAGUUCCACAAAAGAAGAAGAUAACAUAUGAGACAAGAACAAAAACACAAAACUUCCUUCAAUUCUUGAAAAAACUUGAGCUGUCAUGGCUUCAAAUUUCCAUAAUAAGUUCAUUAUCUUGUCCAUCGUUAAUUCAACUAAGAAAGCCAAGAACCAGAACCUGCUUUCUGAUUUCAGGAAUGGCUGCACUGCAAUUCACCUUCUUCCUGCUCCUCCUCUUCAUCUCAAUGGCGACCCAGAUCCCACCAUCAAGCUCCGAAACCGAAGCAGCAAAACAGAGUCUGGUCAAGUUCAUGGAAAACCUGUCCGGCGGUUCCACUUUCCCGACCCGCCGAUUCGGUUGGAACAUGACCUCCGACCCCUGCAAUUGGCUCGGCGUCGAAUGCGACGACUCCCAAUCCGUAGUUUCCAUUUCCCUCUCCUGGUUCCGAUUCGCCGGAACUCUGAACGCCGCCGAAUCCCUCUGCACCGUCGUCAAGUCAAUCACCGUCCUGAGCCUUCCCAACAACACUAUUUCCGGCGGAAUCCCUGACUCCUUGGGAUCCUGCACAGGUUUGCGAAUCCUGAAUCUGGGUAACAACCGGCUGACCGGGUCGAUGCCCGAUUCGAUUCUCCGGCUGCCCAACCUGACAGGCCUGGUGAUUUCCGACAAUGAAAUCUCCGGCGAAGUUCCGGAUGGUCGGCCCAGCCUGAGGCACUUUCUUGCGGAGAACAACCGCCUCUCGGGCCGGAUUCCGGAAUUCGAUUUCCGGGCCAUGGAUUGGUUCAAUGUUUCGAAUAACGAAUUCGGCGGGCCGAUCCCUGUGGGAGCUGGUAGCAGCGGGUUUGGUGCUGAUUGUUUCGCCGGCAAUCCUGGGUUGUGCGGCCAGCCGGUGUCGAGUUCUUGCCCACCGCCGGCUUCGAGCUCGGCUCCAUCUGCAUCGCUUGGUUUGACGGGAUUGGGGCUUGGGAUGGUGAUGGUGAUGGUUUCUUGCAGCCUGGGGAUUUCUCUUGUUUCUCCUCCUGUUUUUUCUUUCUGAUCUUCAUUUUUAAUUUGAUGCAAAUGAAUUUUCCACAACUCAAUCAUCUCAAAUGAAGAACAUCAUCACCACGACUUACAUCAAUAAUUAAUCAUAAAGAAGAAGAAGAAGAAGAAGAAGAAGAGAAAUAAUUGUUUGGGAGAAACUUUUGAGUUGUGAGUUGUGACACUAUUUAGGGCUUAUGUUGCAUGUUAUUGGCCCUUCUUUUUCUCAUAUAAUUUAACCUUUUGCUCUUUGAUUUGAUUGAAUGAGUACUUCUACUAUGCUAUAUAGUAUUGGUGCUUUAAUGUACAACUUAAAGUUGUACCAUAACAUUAAAUGUAUAAGUUUAGGUUGUACCAUAAAACAAUUUGUACCAUUAUGUUAUGGUACAACUUUACAACUUGAAGUUGUACCAUCACAUAAAAGUACAAGUUCAAGUUGUACCAUAAAAGAAUUUGUACAAAAAGUAUAGGUACAAUCUGAAGUUGUACCAUAACGUAAAUGUACAAUUUUAAGUUGUACCAUAAAGGCAAAAUCCUAUAGCACCAAUACUAUAUAGCAUUGUAAAAUUUCUCUUGAUUGGAAUGUUUCAGGACUUUACGAUGCCACAAUUGCACUUUCCACCGGACCACUAGUCUCUUUUAACAAAGUGAAGGCAAGAGAUAGAUCAGCAAGAAGUGAUAGAGUUAAAAUGAGGAUUCAAUAUCAUGUCAAGAACAAAUAAUUGGUUUUAAUCAUUUAAACUAUUGCGAUAUAUUCUUGCCAACAAUCAAUUGACCUCGAUAACUCGAGUUGCUGAGAGAUGUUUAAUAGUGAAUGUUAUACAAUUCAGUGCACUCACUAAUACACAUGCAACUUCAAACGAAAGUCAGACAACUCACGAGGGUUUUCUUCUGCAUGGGUCCUUAAUAAGAGAAUACCAUGUAG